AUGGAUGAUUCACUUUAUGAUGAGUUUGGUAAUUACCUUGGACCUGAACUUGAUGAGGAGGAUGAGGAUUUAGAACUUGAGGAAGAAGAAGAACAACAACAACAAUAUGAUGAUGAAGAAGAAGAGAAUGAGGCAAUGGAAGAAACCUCUGAAAUGCAACUUGAAGAAAUUCCUGCCAAUCAAAUUGUUUUACAUGAAGAUAAGAAAUAUUAUCCUUCAGCUGAAGAAGUGUACGGCCAAGAUGUAGAAACUAUGGUUCAAGAAGAGGAUACGCAACCUUUAUCUGAACCUAUUAUUGCACCUAUCAAAAUAAGAAAGUUUAAUGUCACCGAGACUGAUUUACCCGACACUUAUUACAGCAAAGAAUAUAUGGCAGAUUUAAUGAAUCAUCCAGAUCUUGUGAGAAAUAUUGCUAUUGUAGGUCAUCUUCAUCACGGAAAAACGUCCUUUAUUGACAUGCUCAUUUCAGAAACACAUCCUCAUAUGCCUAUCAAUGUAGAGCAACCUGAACGUUAUACAGAUACACAUAUAUUAGAAAGAGAACGUGGAUUAUCUAUUAAAAGUAUGCCCGUCAGUUUAGUUUUGCAGGAUAUGAAAGACAAAUCUUAUUUACUUCAUAUGCUCGAUACUCCCGGACACACAAAUUUUAUUGAUGAGGUAGUGGCUGCAAUUCGUUUAGCAGACGGUGUUGCUAUUGUCGUUGAUGUAGUCGAGGGUGUGAUGGUGAAUACUGAGCAAAUUAUUAAAUACUGUGUACGUGAAGGACUUGCAAUGACAUUAGUCAUUAAUAAAGUCGAUCGUUUAAUUUUGGAAUUGAAAAUACCUCCUGCUGAUGCCUAUUUUAAAUUGCGUCAUACAAUAGAAGAAGUGAAUACCAUUAUUCGAUCUGUUCCUGGAGGUCAUGACAUUCGUCUUUCACCUGAGUUAGGUAACGUCUGUUUUGCCUCAGCACAAAUGGGUUGGACAUUUUCACUUAAAUCAUUCGCCAAGUUAUAUGCCGACACUUAUGAUGACACUUCCUUUGAUGAAUCUGAAUUUGCUAGACGAUUAUGGGGCGACAUUUAUUAUAACCCUGAACGAGGUAGUUUUCAUAGAAAAUCACAGAAUGGUGAUCUUAAACGUACCUUUGUACAUUUCAUUUUGGAACCACUCUACAAGAUUUAUUCACAAGUAAUUGGUGAAGAACGUAACGACUUAAAACACACUUUAAGAUCCUUAGGUAUUCAGCUUAAAGCAAAAGAGUAUGAUUUAAAUGUGAAGCCAUUAUUGCAAUUGGUGUUAACAAGAUUCUUUGGUUUAUCAAAUGCUUUUGUGGACAUGGUGGCACGACAUGUACCUUCACCUAUUGAUAAUGCUCAACAUAAGGUUCAAAAUCUUUAUACAGGACCUAUCGACGAAUCAUUAACUACACAAGCUAUGUUAAGAUGUGAUGCAGAUGGACCUCUUAUGAUUUAUAUCACAAAGCUUUUUAAUAAUGAAUCAAGCACAGAAUUCCAAGCCUUUGGCCGUGUCUUUAGUGGAAGUGUUAAGGAAGGUCAAAUUGUACGCGUUUUGGGUGAAGGAUAUUCAAAGGAUGAUGAAGAAGACAUGACGAUGCAAAAGGUCUUGAAUACAUGGAUUUUUGAAUCGAGGUAUCGCAUCGAAGUGGAAGGCGUUCCAGCAGGUAAUUGGGUUUUAUUAGGUGGCGUUGAUACUUCCAUCAUGAAGACAGCUACUAUUGUUGAUCAAAAGCCUGUUGAAGAUGCCUAUAUCUUUAAGCCUCUUAGAUUCCCUACCGCUGCUACACUUAAAGUUGCUAUUGAACCUGUUAACCCAUCCGAAUUACCUAAAAUGCUGGAUGGCCUUCGUAAAAUUAACAAGAGCUAUCCCAUCGUGACAACCAAAGUGGAAGAAUCAGGUGAACAUAUUGUAUUAGGUACAGGCGAGCUAUACUUGGAUUGUGUAUUACAUGAUUUGAGACGUAUGUAUGCAGAGAUUGAACUCAAAGUAUCAGAUCCUGUUGUCAGAUUUUGCGAGACAGUAGUUGAAACUUCUGCUCUCAAAUGCUUUGCAGAGACACCUAACAAGAAAAAUAAGUUGACAUUUAUUGCAGAACCACUUGAAAAAGAACUUGCAGAAGAAAUCGAGAAUGGUGAUAUUCAAAUUGGAUGGCCUAAGAGUAAGUUUGGAAAGUAUUUGGAGACAAAACACGGAUGGGAUGUAUUAGCCUCCAGAUCUGUAUGGGCAUUUGGACCAGAUGACAUGAGUCCUAAUCUCUUGAUGGAUGAUACACUACCCACUGAAGUGGAUAAAAAGUUAUUGGGUACAAUCAAAGAUUCGAUUCGACAAGGUUUCCAAUGGGGCACUAGAGAGGGUCCUCUUUGUGAUGAACCUAUAAGAAAUGUAAAGUUUAAAAUUUUGGAUGCAUCCUUAGCUAGUGAACCUAUUUAUAGAGGAGGAGGACAGAUUAUUCCUACUGCAAGACGAGUCUGCUAUUCAUCCUUCUUAACAGCCACACCACGUUUAAUGGAACCUGUCUAUUAUGUUGAAAUACAGGCUCCUGCUGAUUGUGUAUCUGCUGUCUAUACUGUUUUGCAACGCCGUAGAGGCCAUGUCACCCAAGAUAUCCCUAAGCCCGGCUCACCCUUAUAUACCGUAAAGGCCUACAUCCCUGUUAUUGAUUCCUGUGGCUUUGAGACCGAUCUAAGAACUCAUACAGAAGGUCAAGCAUUUUGCCAACAAAUCUUUGACCAUUGGCAGAUUGUACCAGGUGAUCCACUUGAUACUUCUAUUGUAUUGCGUCCCUUGGAACCAAGUACAGCACAACACUUGGCACGUGACUUUAUGGUGAAAACUCGUAGACGAAAGGGUCUUUCAGAAGAUGUUAGUAUAAACAAAUAUUUCGAUGAUCCUAUGUUGUUAGCACUAGCACAGACAGAUGUAUUAGGUGGUAUUCAUGAUUAA